AUGGUUGCCGACACCCUCGUCUACCACCCCACGGUGGCCCAUUACCUGCGCUUCGUCGCCACCACCGUCGGCCGCGACAAGAUCCUCCGCACCCUCCAGUACUUCGCCCGCUUCUUCGCCUGGUACCUCCUCCGCACGAAUGGCUCUCCCUCGCAGAUGGCCCCCUGGAACGCCAUCAAGAAGCAGUUCGGCCUCGCCCGCAAGAUCAUGCGCGUCGGCAAGAACGUCGAGCACAUCAAGGCCGCCGCCCAGGCCGCCGACGCAAAGGCCAUCGAGCCCUUCCUGCGCUACGCCGCCGUCGGCCGCCAGAUUGGCUAUGCCGGAUAUCUCUCCUUCGAUGCCCUGACCGUGGGCGACGCCGCUGGCAUUCGCAAGUGGCACGCGGCCAAGACGCUGCAGCAGCAUGCAUACCGCUUCUGGGCCAUGGGCCUCAUCUUCAGCAUUGCCGGCCAGGCAUACACACUGUACCGCCUCAAGCAGCGCGAGGCCAAGAUCGACCGCAAGGACGGCGAGGGCGUCGUCGAGAGCAAGCAGAUCCUCAAGGAGCGAGCCGCCAGCCAUCUGCAACUCAUCUCCGACGUUUGCGACUUGACCAUUCCCUCUGCGGCCCUCGGCUGGGUAGGCUUCGAUGACGGCUUCGUCGGCCUGGCCGGAACUGUCAGCAGCGCGAUCGGCGUCUACUCUCAAUGGAAGAAGACUGCCUAG